GUAGGUUUUGUAGUUCGCUUGUACAACUGCCGUGUUCAGUUGGAUGUCAACAACUGCGAUGUUUACGUAAAUAAUCACUUUACACUAUAUGGCCAUAUGCUUUAUAAUGACUAGUUUCGCACAUAAACAUCUACUGUAAAUAGAUGUCCGCUUCCAAGUUUACUCCGUGGAAGUAUGAACGGAGUUUCGUCAAAUCACCCGUUUGCUGUUAGCUUUGAAAGCUAGCAAUGUCUGGCAAACAUGCAGUUAGUUUGCUUUAGACGCCAGAUGAAGGUCGCCAACACGUCUUUAAUGCACACUCUGCGGCAGAUGAAGUAAGGAUGAACAAAGGUGAUGGUGGCGAACAAAGUGGACCUUCUCAGGAUGCCUACGGUCCAGAGAUGCAAAGUCUUCCGGAUGGUGACCUGGCCUGUCAUCCAGAUGUUGACCCCUCUCCCCCGGAGGCCAGUGGCUUGUUGUCGUUGCCGUGGGAGAUGGUGACCUAUAUUGCCUCACACCUUCCUGCUCAAUGUGUCAUCUCCGUCCUGCCAAAGGUCUGUUCCACUUUGCGUAACGUGGGCAAGGACAGCACUGCCUGGCAGCUGCGGGCGCGCAGACUGAUUGGCUCAAAAGCUAAAUUUCCUGUGGGGCCCAGGGAGGACUUUGACUGGCCCACCGCUUGUUUGGAGAUGGAGCAACUGAUUACCUGCUGGACCGGCAUGGCACAGCAUGACCUCAGACACUACCAAGCCGUUGAGGAGGAAGACCAGGGUGACCAGGGACGAGUAGAGAUGGAGCCAGGGAGAGAUGCACAGGGUGUUGAUGAACGGUUGGUUGGUGAGCUCGUUGGCGAGCUGGAGCAGAGAUUAGGGGAGAACCCGGAAGAAGAUGCUUUAUUUGAGGGCCACGACGGCGCUCUUGAUCCUCCGGGUAAUGGAGAACAUGCAGAAAUCAUUCAGCAUCAACCACCAAGAAGUUCAAGCCCACCCCCAGCACUUGAGCGCCUCACCCUGCUCUCAGGCCACAUCGCCCAGGUCAACUCCGUCCUCCUGUUAGGUGGCGACGGGACGCUCUGCGCCACAGGCUCCAGAGAUCGGAACGUCAAUCUUUGGAAACUGCACGCGGACUCGAGCAGCGUGCUGCUGCACACCUUGCUCGGCUCCCGCAACUUCAGCACCCAUCAGGGAUGGGUCUGGUGUCUGGCAUCUCAGGGACCCCUGCUGGCCUCGGGAGGGUUCGACAGCACGGUGCGGCUGUGGGACCUGCAGGCGUCCGGCGCCGAAAAGGGAUUGAUCAAGGCUGGAGGUGCCGUGCUGUGUUUGACCUGUUUGCCAGACGUCCUGCUGGCUGGCACGUUUGACGAAAGGGUCAGCGUUUACGACCCGAGAGCUGCUUUUACUUGCCUGAAAAGUCUCCGUCUCCAUACCAACGCAGUCAUGUGUCUGGCGGCCGACGACAAAUACAUAGUCUCCGCGGGUAAGGACUGCACUGUGGCCGUCUACGACCGCCGGGCUGACAAAACCUUGAACAAAGUCCGGCUGAAUGCUUACUUGCGUUCCAUGAGCUACAGUGACAGUGAGGUGUGGGGAGGAGACCACAGGGGCGCGCUGCAUUCCUUCGCCAUGCGGGACGGCAUAUUGAAGUCCACAGCGCACUUCAACGUGGGGCACACCGCUAUGAUAACCGGCAUUCAUAAGUCACCUGGAAGCCUCUACACCUGCUCCUCUGAUUGUACCGUCAAGGUGCACAUCCCAUGUCGGCCUCCAAAGACUUUAUGCACACUGCGUCAUCAAGCUGGAGCCUCUGGGCUGAGUGUGGAGGCCGGAACCCUGGCUGUCGCCUCAGGGGACAUGGGUGUGGAAAUCUGGAGACCCAGAAAGUCAUGAAGUUGCACGUGGACAAAACCGCAACACUACAACCGAUUCAUAUAUGAAAUCAGGUCAACAUUUUAUUUAAAGCAAAGCAGUACAAAGUCAGUCUAGAAUUGAGGAGAUCACAAUACAGUAGCAUGCAGAUCAUGUGACCAAUGACUCGCGAGACACAUUAGUAGGUACCCCCGCUCAAGAUUUAAAGGAACCCUACUGCCUUUAUAAAGCUACUUUAACAUGAUAGUGAAGCCCUUGUGUACAGUAAAAAAGGCACAAGACAAGCUGUAUAUCAACAAUUAUGCACUGUGGAAUACAACAUUUUGAUUGAG